UCCCACGCCAGAAAACAAGGAGCCCAUUGACCGACGGUGUGUGUAUGAAUUGUUCUCAUAUUUAAAAAAGAAUUUCUACAAUCUAGACCGACUCGACGUUUUAAAGGAUUUUGGAAGAAAGUGGUAAAGGCGGAUAGGAAAUCAGACGGGUGCCCUGCGCACUGCAUCCUCCCUCUCCAUCGCUGUCUCAUCUCUCCUCCUGCUCUGCGCCUUUACAACACUCCCGGCUUCUCCCAUCCUGAAUAACCACAGUGACUGAACACUUCUGUGAAGCCGAGAGAUCCCCUUCUUCUUCAGUCGGAGUUUGAACCACAUUUCGGAGCUCCUGGAAGUAUACCGCCAGAGCCCCUGAGAGCUGGCUGGACUCUGUAGCUUUCGUUUUCCCGAUACAAGAGGAUCAUCGAGGGGACCUUGCGCGGAGUCCAAAGGACUGGAAAUUAUUUAGCCCUCUCACAUCAACGUACCGCAUGGUGGGAAUUUCUGCCUCCUUUCAGUAUCGCACUGGGAAGCGCUCCACCAUGCCCGACUCACCUGCGGACGUCAAGACACAGUCCAGGUUGACCCCCCCUACCAUGCCCCCCCCACCCAGCACGCAGGGAGCGCCUCGUAACAGCUCCUACACCCCCACCACAUUAACCAACGGCAGCAGCCACUCUCCUACGGCGCUAAACGGCGCUCCGUCUCCUCCCAACGGCUACAGCAAUGGUCCCAGCUCCUCCUCCUCUUCCUCGCUGGCCAAUCAGCAGCUGCCCCCGGCCUGCGGCGCCCGGCAGCUCAGCAAGCUCAAGCGCUUCCUCACAACUCUACAGCAGUUUGGCAACGACAUCUCACCUGAAAUCGGCGAGCGGGUCCGCACAUUAGUGCUGGGACUAGUGAAUUCCACCCUAACCAUCGAAGAAUUUCACUCCAAGCUCCAAGAAGCCACCAACUUCCCUCUGCGACCGUUCGUCAUACCCUUCCUGAAGGCCAACCUGCCGCUGCUUCAGAGGGAGCUGCUGCACUGUGCCAGGCUGGCCAAGCAGAACCCCGCUCAGUACCUGGCCCAGCACGAGCAGCUGCUCCUGGACACCAGCACCACCUCCCCAGUGGACUCCUCCGAACUCCUGCUGGACGUCAACGAGAACGGCAAGAGAAGGACGCCAGACAGAACCAAAGAGAACGGCUUCGAGCGAGAUGGCGCCCUGCACCCUGAUGUUCACCCUAGCAAGAGGCCAUGCACCAUAAGCCCCGCCCAGCGCUUCAGCCCAUCCAAUGGGCUCGCCUACCAGCCCAACGGCCUGCCCCACCCCGGCCCUAUCCCUCCUCAGCACUACAGGCUGGACGACAUGGCCAUCGCCCAUCACUACCGGGACAACUACAGACACCCCGCCUCCAACCAACGGGAGAUCCGGGAGAGGCCCAGGCCCAUCGGUAUGCACACAGGGACCAGGCCGGAGGAAGUGAUUGACCACAGGCUGACAGACAGAGAGUGGGCUGAGGAGUGGAAACACCUUGACCAUCUGCUGAACUGCAUCAUGGACAUGGUGGAGAAGACGAGGCGUUCGCUGACAGUUCUGCGGCGCUGCCAGGAGGCCGACCGCGAGGAGCUCAACUACUGGAUCAGACGAUACAGCGACACCGAGGAGCUGAAGAAGGGCGCCGCGGGGGGGCAGUCGAGGCAGCAGAGCCCGGCAGCCCAGGAAAAUGCCACACCAGAAAUUCACAGGGACAUGGUGCACCGGCCUGUGUCUGGCUACGUUCCUGAGGAGAUCUGGAAAAAAGCUGAAGAGGCCGUGAAUGAGGUGAAGCGACAGGCCGUGUCAGAGCUGCAGAAAGCCGUUACGGAGGCAGAGCGUAAGGCUCACGAGAUGAUCAGCAGCGAGCGGGCCAAGAUGGAGCGCACGGUAGCCGAGGCAAAGCGGCAGGCGGCGGAGGACGCGGUCUCCAUAAUCAACCAACAGGAGGACUCCAGCGAGAGCUGCUGGAACUGUGGCCGUAAAGCCAGUGAGACGUGCAGCGGCUGCAACACGGCGCGCUACUGCGGCUCCUUCUGCCAGCAUAAGGACUGGGAGAAGCACCACCAUGUCUGCGGUCAGACCCUCCAGGCCCAGCAGCAGCAGCAGGCCAGCCAGCAGCAGGGUGGAGUGCCGGGAUCAGAGACCCCUGCCCCCAUCAGCUCCUCCGCCUGCACCCCGAGCAGUGGGACUGGGAGUCCGGCUGCAACCCCCCCUGCUGCCACGCCUCGCUCCUCCACCCCCAGCACCCCAUCCUCCUCUGCCCUGGAAAGCACACCGCGCUGAGACACUCAGGCGGAGGAUGGAGGCAGAGGCUAACCAUCCAGCCCUCAACCCCACAAACAGCAUGACUGUAACAUUGCCUUGGAAAGAUACUAAGCUAACUUGGCUAACAGAAAGAGAUGGCAAUGCUUCUGUCUAUCUUGCAGCGUAUGUUCAUAGAAGGAGGAGGAGGAGGUCCGUAAUCAGGUCAUAUUGACUUGAUUUUAAAGAAACACAAAGAUAUUCUUUGUUUUGAAUGAAUGAAUUUAAAUAUUGACAUCCUUUUAUCGUUACACUUGCUAUUCUUGUUGUCCGUUUGUUGUUGUGCCUGUUGUUGUUAAUGUUGUUGUCAUUGUAGCUUAUCUUAUUUUUUCUUGUAAAUAUUAAGAGACUGAGCAGAGAUAGCCGUGAACUUGAGAGAAGUAUACCUGACCUCCCCUUUUUUAUGUUUUCAUUUUUCCUCCUUGAAUUAUUUCCUCCCUGUUCCUGUGAAAUGAUAAUACUCAACCUCAUUUCACUAAGCAGAAUACCAAGAGAACAAAACUAGCUAGCAGAACGAGUCAUCCAUUUUGUUUGUAAAGAAACAUAUUAGAUUUAAAUACCCUGAAAGACAACCAAUGGAUGGAUGGAUAAACAAGUUAGCUGCUUGGAGAGAGGAGAGGGGUGGACUGGAUCUCUGGCCCACAGACAGCCAUGAAAUGGGCAGAUGUGCAGCAGAUUGCAAGCAGAGCCAGCUGUUCAACCAAUGUUAUUUCCCUCUCACUUGUAAUAAUAUCCAGGUCAGUGGGCUAGGAAAUACAAAUCCGUCUCCCUGAAGGAUGUUAAAGGAAGAAUUAUUGGACAAGAUACAAAACUUUGCCCACUGCACAUGUGGAGGAUGUACUGACUACAAUGUGCACGUGCAUGCUUGGUGGGUCACAGAAGCUCUCGAACAGGAAGUGAAGUUAGUGCUGGAAACCUACAACAUGGAGGACCCGGUAGGAAGCUCAUUCUGCGCCCCAGACACCCCCUCUUGUCUCAACUCUGAAAAACAUUUUCAUCUUUCUUCAUGUUCCUUUUCUUUUUCUGUAGAUGUCAUGGUGUUUAAGACUUCUGUCCUGUGGUGUCACCAAUGGUUAUUUAUUGUAUAUGUGUUGGACAAUUGUGACGAUGCAUAGUACUUCAACCAGUCACAACUCUAAGUCCCUCAUAACUCACUCUCUCUCUAGCAAAAAGAGAUAAAAAAAUAACAAGUGUUACCUUUAUUUCCAAGCUGCUUUUCUAUUCUGUGUGUAAGUGGUAGAUCCCUCGUAGUUCUCUAAGUUUUACUUCCCUUUGUCCUCAAGAAAAGACACAAGCUAUAUCUCAGAGCUGCUACUCGAGUCCGACCCAGAUCUUUUCUGAGAACUAGCAUGUUGCGCGGAAUGCUAACCUAAAUGUUUUGUACAAGGGACAUACAUAAAUGUAUUUGCACUGUCACAGAGGUUAUUUCGGCAUGCUUUUUUUCAGCAUACUUGUGUUGUCGGUAUAGAGCCAUAACUCAUCAACCAUUUUUUUAUGUAGUGAUAGCAUUAUUUUCACAUUUUUUGGGAUUGUGGGAGUCGGAAAUAUGUAAAAUCACCCAACUUAUUGUUUUUUCUUAUCAACAUGAUAACAAAAGCGGCCAUAACAUAACGUUUUUUCUUUUAAUAGUUACAGACAGUGCAUGCACAUUACUGAACGUUUGUUAAAUAUUUGUUAUUUUUUUGAAAAACUGAAAAACCAACCAAAAAAAGUACAAAAAAAUACAAAAAAAUAUUCUAACAAACUAACUUUCCAAAUGCAGAAGUGUAGACUCCAACAGCUUUAACACUGCAAGGCACCAGGUAACACACAGUAUUAACACGAGAUAAACAAAACAAAAACACCAAAAACAGCCAAAGACUGACACCAAGGACCAAAAUCCUGAGUUAAAACGAUUUUCAAAAGAGGUUUGUUCACACAUAUAUUUGGUUAUUUAUUUCUGCAGGUUUUGUUCACACAUUCGAAAACCACAACAGUGACAUAAAAUGUAUUUAUUUUAAUACUUUCUGAAAACCAAUGGCACUAAUCUUACUAUGUGAAAUGAGAAGGUGGGAUUAAACAUAAUGAACUUUUUCAGCAGUGUUACAGUUUAACCGGAGCAAUAAUGAACACUGAUGACUCCUGUGACAAUUUUUGGAGAAAUAAACAUUUUAGAUAUUUUUUUAACUUGUUUAUACAUGUUCUCAUUACACAAAGGUCAGAUUAAGUGCCCACUUCAGCUUUAAACAGAUUAUUUCUUUUUUCUGAAGUAGGUGAGCAUGAGACAGGGCUUUCACAACAAUGCCAUUUGCAGUUCUUUUCUAUUUAUUUAUAUCAAAGUACAUCAUUUUUUUGCUGUUACGAUAGAUAAUAAGUCACAGCUUUGUUGUAAACCUUCAAUGUAAAUCAAACAAACCUCUCAUUCGCAGUAAUAGAGCACUUAUCCCGACGCACACAAAGGCUCUUCACCCCAAACACCUUGGUGCUACACAGAAGCGCGUUACAAAUUCUGACCUCAAGGAACAAGUGGAGGCCCACAAAGGUUCAGGGCUGUUUGCUCCCUCUGUACUUCCUCAUCUCUCCCUUCUUGUCUAAAUAAAGUACACACCUGCAUUCUCGACUCUAAAGGGUUAAACAAUCCAAAAAGGUGUCUGACACCCUACUAGCAACUCCUCAGAAGCUGUGAAAAAACAGCAAAGCUGUUUUAACACUAGUGUAUUUGAAAGUAUAGAACAAGUAAUGUGUGUGUUCAUCAAUAUCAGGGCAAAACCUGGAUAAAAAAAAAGAAAUGAAGACAAACAUUAUCGUUCAAUGGUUCUUUGAGAAGCUCUAUUUUUUUCUUUCUUCCCUCCUCUAUGUGUGUUUUGCUACAAAUUCCUCGGUGGCAAACAAGUCUCACUCUACCUCUUACAGCACGAUAAGAGCAUCAGUCGCGGCGCUGAUACUGGUCUAGUCUAAACCAAAUGGGCACAAGAGAACAGGAAAAUAAAAAACCCAAAGUCGAAGCUCAUACAGCUGCAAAACCAUAUCACUACUUGGUAACAAUGCAGACCUCAUAAAUAAAUGAAACAUAAAUGAAUAGAAAUGAGAAAAAAAACCUGAAAACACUUUUGUUAUGUUCCUUUAUGCCUGUGGCGUUUUUAGAGUACAUCAAGAGUUUGAAUUGUUUGAACAGAUUUUAAAAAAUGUGCUACUUUUAAAUAAAAGUGUUGUUGAUUCCUAUUUCGAUGAUACUGUACAAGCUAGGGUGACAGAUAAGAAAUGUUUCUCUCUUGCUCUUUUAUCUCUCCUGUUUCCCCUCCACUUUUUUCUCCUUUUCUCUUCUCUGUUGUGAAGACAAGCUAAAGCGCUUGUCAACUUGUCAGCGAGGGUCAAUUCAAAAGAGGGGGUAUACAAAAGGCAAAACCUUGUAAAAAAAAAAAAGUCAAAAAAGGAACAUCAUGGCUACAGUUUGGCAUGCCUGUUUUUCACAAUAGGGGGACAUAUUAUUUAAAUGUCCUACUUAUCAAGAACUUUGGGGAAAUGUGUGGGGCCAACAGUGAAAAGUGAAGGCCGUAGCAUUAAACUUUUGGGAGUGAGUUGAACUUCCGGGGUGGGAGGGUUUGUUUUUUGGGCUCUCUUGAGAAAAAUAUUGUGAAAAAAAAGAGCUCAAAUGAUUUGAAGUUGUUGUGCAAUACUUAAUUGAGACAUGAAAACCACAGGUUAGUGGUAGGCUGACCCUGGGCGGUCUCUUCAUCGCCUAGAGUCAGUGUCCUAGAGAGCUUUCCAGUCUACUAUGUCAGAACUGUGGUUUCUUGUUGAUUUAUUUUCUUUUUGUUUCUUUUUUUAUUUCUUUUUUGGGCUGUAAACUAUGGUCUGUCAGUCUGUGAAACUUUGCAGUAUAAUUCUGGUAUUGUUGUUCUCUUAACGGUGUAAUAAAUAUGUUAAUACCUGC